GGCAACUUGUGGAAACCUUCCCUGUGGGAUGUUGUGCAGGUAUUCAGGAGCAGAGGAGCCAGCAGAAAAGCAGGGGAAGGGGAAAGAGAGAGACAGGGGAGGAGAUUGAAAAUAUUAGCUAAACUAGAACAUAGGUUUACCUGGAUUUUAAAAAAGGUUUUAAACAAUUAUCCAGGCUUUGCCUACUUCUUCCAUUUUUCCCAAAUGAAGGGGUCUGCUCCUGCUGCCAGAAAAAAAAAAGAGAGAGAGUUGGUGUGAGCACAUGCAGGAGUAGGCAUCAGGGAGCUGCUACAAAUACUAGUACAGGGCACACACCAAGACAGGUGGCAUUGCUGUGAGCCACAAGAAAGAGUUCAGGGGAGUAGGGGUAUUUAUCUGUACAUCCUUUCAGGUAUGAGAAGAUAACGGAUUAAGUGAGUGAGUGCUUCUGCCCCAAACUUCUGUAUAUAUCUAUAACUGAUCUGCUCUAUUGUUACAUCUGUGUAGGUGAGUGGCAUGCGGGAUUCCAGAGAAGGCAGUUAACUCAGGAUUAUGAUGAGCAGAGACAGUGGGGAUCUGAGAGAACUUUCCUGCAUUUACCAGUGGCACAGUAGUGGCAGCAAUGAUAACAUAGACUAUUUGGAGACGUUUGCAUACCCUUCAAAACCUGGCAAGAUCUACAAAAAAAGUUCCUGCUGUAAGCUUCAGCAGUCAAGGGAAGUGUCCUCAACCUCCCACCAGCUACUUUUUCAGACUGUGAGGGCCAGUAUGGAACAGAUCAGCAACUUUUUCAACUCCAUCUGGACUUUCAUCCUCUCCAAGCAUCAGGAGGGCAUCUACAACACCAUCUGCCUGGCUGUGGUUCUGGGGUUGCCUGCCCUGGUCCUCCUCAUUGGCAUUUUUAUAUGUUGCCACUGUUGUUUCUGUGGCCAGCAGCAAAAGAACAAUGGCAGCUACAGCAGGAGAAGUCCCCCCCAGGGAAAGAAAAGAAUUAAGAUGAUGAGGAAGAAGAAAGAAGAGGAUCUGUGGAUAUCAGCCCAGCCCAAGUUGCUCCUGUUAGAAAAGAGGCCCUCCUUGCUGGCCUAAAGAAAGAGGUGUGGGCAAGAGCAAUUCCCCUCCUCCUACCAGGGUCUCGUAGCAGUUCAGGCCGAGGGCAUAUCAUGUUGGUUGUGUCCUUCUGAAGGACAAGCACAGCUUCCUUUUAAAAAGCUUCUGAAAAGAAAUGCUCUCAGGAUCUCCCUGGCAUGUGCUGGGAAGCUUCUUGCUAGGCCUAGUACAAAAGCACUGCUAACUGAACCUGGCCAGAAUGAACUAACACCCAUUUCAGCUUAUGUACGAGUGCAGAGUUGCCAGCACCUUUUGCAUUACAGAUAGACCUCUGUGGUCUCAGGCUGAAAGAUGCAUAUGCUCUUACAAACUUUGCACCGACACCAUUAUGUGCACUAGAAAGCAACACUGUCAUAUACACAUAUAAGCAUUUCAUUGUCAUAUGCACACCCAUACAAAUCAUGUUGCUUCCAGAUGAGAAAGCUUAAAUUAAUUUUAUAUGGACAGUGGCACAGGUGGCUUUAAAAGGUGAUUUGAGGAAACCAUGAAUGUCUUGAUAACUAAAUUGAAUCUAUAGCUUCAAAAUUCAGAAGGCCCCGGAAUUCCAGGUGCAGGGGAACGAGCAAUUUUGUACCUUUGUACCCUGGGUUUGUGGGUUUCCUGGGAGUGUUGAAGCCAUGGGGGGAAACAGCCUUUUUGUUUGUUUGUUGCUGUUGCUUUGAUGAAACAGAAAAUUUCAGAAAAAGUAAAAAUUUCAAUAUUGACACCCUUUACAGAUUGAAAGUCACUUUGUCGCUGUAAGAAUAUGAAAUAGACAUUAUAUGUAAAUAGGUUUAUAAAAUUAUUAUUUUUGAUAUAUUAAAAAUACAGUUUAUUCAAAGUAUAAUUACAGAUUGACCUUUUUUUAAAAAAUUGUUAUAAGUAGAGCUGCAUUCUGAACUGCAAGGAGUAGUUCUCCAUAGUCUCAAGCAGACAUAACACAUUCAUUUCUCUAAAAAGAACAGAGAAAGGGAAGCUAAAACUAGAAGUACUGAUCUAAUUGUGUACAUAAUUUUACAUAGUUUAUAAUCUUUUGUAGUUUUUAGAAAUAUAUAGAUACAGCCCUCAUAGUCCAUAAUCCAGUUUUUAAUUUUUUUCCAGAAAAAAGACUGAAGGGAAGGGGGGGCUUUUCCCCCUGAUUUCUUCCUGUGGCCUUCAUAUCUCUAGAUGCCUCCAUAUGACCAUUAUUGGAAAGAGAGAGUUUUGCUAAAUGAACCCAUGAUCUGAUCUAGCAAGGACUGUUUAAUAAGAAGGUCCCUUCAUCAGGAAAUCUUGAAGGUGAAUAUUACAAACCUGCCACAAGAUCAUUUCAAUACAUAUAUUUUCUGAUCAGAGCUUUGUAUUGUGCUGAAGAAUUCAGCAUAAAAAGAUUCAAAUAUGCCAAGAUUCUAGGCAUAUUUGAAUCAAAGGUGUAUGGGUAAUGUCUGAUCAAAUAUUAGGUGAAUUAGGAAAAGGAGAAGGAUUUGUAUGAGUGAAACUUCAGAGUCUUUCCUACCUCUUUACCUCUUUCCACAUCUAACAAAAACAGAAAAAGCUGUGCAAAAUGACCAGUGGAGCCGUGUAUCUGGAAUCCAGGGACACAAUCUCGUGCUAGUACAUCUAUUUCUGCCAUUGCGUUAUUUGCACUCAAGCUUCAGCAUUUAGUUGCUAGAAGCCCCCCCCCCCCCCAUUGUUGCUAUAAGGGACCAUACAAUCUCCUCCAUAUACUCAGUAAAUGUGCAGAAAGUAUUGCUGGGAGGUGCAAGCUGUCCAUGUCCAUUACAGUGCUGCCACACACCCCAGUGAGAAAUCCUUGCCAAGAAACAGUUCUCAUUUUAGACAUGUAUAUGCUUGUAGGAGAACGUCCUCGCAUGAACAGCACCCUGACAUGAAUGAAGAGAGGGAGAUGCUGGGCUUUUCUUUUCUUUCAUGAGUGGAGCGUGGAGUUAACCUAUCCCUCUGUAUACUCAUUGAACCCAUGCAACUGAUCAUCUUGAUCAAAUUCACAGGAACUUACAGUCCAUGGUGCGUUACAGACCGCCCGUUUGGGGCAGCCUGUAUCCGGCCCUUUCCCCACUGGAUC